AUGUCGCAGGUCAACGAGAGGGCUUUACCAUUUGCUGAUGCAGCGACGAUUGUUCGUGCCCAUCAGAAAGAUGCCUAUUUCGAAUCAUCCUACAGAUCACAGCUACUGGAUGUAAUUCAGUUGUUCAAAGGCCAAAGAUUUGUGAAUACUUACCCAGAAGAAAUCACCGUAUUUGCCAAAUCGGCCUAUUUGGCUCUCACAACGUUGAUAGGUGCUCGUACUUUGGGAGAAGAAUAUGUAGAUUUGAUCUAUGUUAGUCGUUCAGGUAAGAGACUUCCAAAAUUACUUCCCAGAAUAGGAUUUAUCAUGUCGUAUGCCUUGUUGCCAUACUUGGUGCUGAAGUUGGUGCGAAAGUUGAAGCCUGCUGUUGUGGAUGAGUCUGGAAAGGACUCACGUAGUGUUCUCACCAAGUUCCUUUCAUCGUAUACUAAGGUGCUAGACUCCUUGAUGAAUUUGCAUAUCGCCAUAUUCUACUUCUUUGGAGAAUUCUACUCCUUGUCAAAGAGAGUUUUUGGUUUGCGGUAUGCUUUUGGCCAUAAUAGAAAUGCUAACAACUUGAACAGGGCAGGAAACUACUCUCUUUUGGGUGCUAUCAUUCUUCUACAAUUCGCUGUUAAGGGGCUUAUUAAACUCAAAACAAUCAAUGAUGACAAGAGGAAUCCACAACAGAUUACAGAAAUCGACACUUUACGUGAAGUCAACGAAGAUUACGGAGACAAGUUCGUUAUAGACUUGUCCAAUCCUCUGCAUUUACCAUACCUUCCAGAAGGAUCCAGAGCUUGCAUGCUAUGUCUUUCACCCAUGACAAAUCCAGCUGCUGCUAACUGUGGCCAUAUGUUCUGCUGGGAUUGUAUAGUGGGCUGGAUCCGGGAACAUCCGGAAUGUCCUUUGUGUAGACAGCUGUGUUUGGAACAGAACUUGUUGCCUCUAAGGUGA